CACCUUGACCCAUUGUCCGGGGUAAUCUGACAGAAGGUUUCUCUAGCGCUAAGAACCGCCUUUGCCCUCGCGGCAACCCAUCGUGUCAACUGUCUAACCUCCUCCAUCCGUCGCAACCUCCAUUAAAGGGACCCUGGCACCUCCUCCGUACUUCUGGAACGACCCGUGGAUCGAUACGUCUGAAGCUGUUCACUGGAUACAUCCGAGUCACAAGGUCCCCUUUUUUUGCCAAAGGAAUCGGAAAUUGUCUACUUACCGACCAUGGUGCUUGCAUGAACUAAGAAACGCGUACCUAUCUGCCUCAUUACGAGCCGAAUCAUUCCUAUCAAGAACGCAACAUCCGACAACAUGGCCGACACACUCUCUAGGCUGGAACUCUUUGCGCCCAGAGGGCAGGACAGCUCAAUUCCCAACAACAUGGACCCACUCACGCCUAUCUACAAGGCUGGCCUGAUUCCUAUAGCCGUAUUCGCCAUGAUGAGCUUGGUAUCAGUAACCGCCCUACUUGCAUUCAUCACCCAGCGAAUGGUGUCUUGGCGAAAACACUACAGGCAGUAUGUCGGAUACAACCAAUAUGUCAUUCUCAUUUACAACCUACUUCUUGCGGAUCUUCAGCAAUCGGCUGCCUUUGCCAUAUCCUUCCAUUGGUUAAGGCUUAACAAGAUUGUCGCUCCUACUAGGGCGUGCUUCGUCCAGGCCUGGUUCCUCCACAUCGGUGAUGUUUCCAGUGGCUUUUUCGUCCUUGCCAUCGCUAUUCACACCUGGCUAGGUGUGGUCAAAGGAUACAAAAUGCCAUUCAAGUGGUUCGUCAUAUCGAUUUUGUUGAUAUGGUCCUUUGCUCUGUUUCUCACAAUGCUGGGACCAGCAAUGCAUCAAGAUCGAUACUUUGCUCGCGCUGCAGGAUGGUGUUGGGUGUCACACGAAUUUCAGGACGAACGCCUCUGGCUACACUAUCUCUGGAUCUUCAUUGUCGAGUUUGGCACCAUCAUCAUCUAUGCGCACCUGUUUUUCCAUCUACGUGGCCGCAUCCAGAGCAUCAUGGCAAACGACACCAGCAAGUUGUCACGAGCAACCAAGUUCAUGGUCAUGUAUCCUGCCGUCUACGUCAUUCUGACCCUGCCUAUUGCUGUAGGGCGUAUGGUCGCCAUGACGGGUCAGCCUAUGCCAGACCUCUUCUUCGUCGUCUCGGGUUGUCUCCUCACAUCCUGCGGGUGGAUUGAUGCACUUUUGUACGCCUUAACAAGACGAGUGUUGGUGUCUGGAGACUUGAGCACCGGCCAAUACAACAGGACCGCCACUAUAACACUUACCAACAACGUACGUCCAAGCGAUACCGAGCGCUACGGUCUCCAAUCUAUGAAUUCUAAGGAAACUCCCGCCACCUCAUGCACCAUCACAAUCACAGGUGGGAACGGCAGGCUGUCUCGUAUAGUCGAGCACCACCGUACACGCAGCUACAUGACGCGAUCACGCCACGAUGCCACCGACUACGAUGACGAGAAUGCCACGCGAACAGGAUCGCAAGAUUCCAUGAUGAAGCCAUUGCAACAAGCAAAUGGAAUAAACAUCAUGACAGAAACCAGUGUGCAAGUGGAGCAUGCAAUCGACAGAGAAUCGGAAAUGGGAUGCACGCCGCCGAAGGAAUGGAACGACGUUCAUAUUUACCCAUAAUGAUAUUGGGAUGAAUGUCAAAUGUUUCAAGGAAGUCAUCCGGUGUACCAAAAAGUUUACAGCGGGUGUUUGCUUACGUACAGUGAUAUACUGGCGUGGAUCCUAUUUACCUACGUACCUUGUUUAUUUCUCUAUUUCAUUUUCCCUUUCUAAGCAAACACCUGCACCGUAUACAAUAUCUACCAAGAGGUAGGAACUCCCUUGUACCAUAGCAUCUAAAUACCUUUGUUCAAAAUACACAUGAACACUUCAAACUUGAUAUAUUUGAUCCGAGUACUGUACAUAAACACCAAUACUUCGAAAAACUCAAAAUCAAC